GUUUUUUCGCUGUUUUGCUGUCUGAGCGUGCAUACAUACCAUGAUAGAGCGGUACUACGGUCAUUAGUCUAAACGUCUUCGACACUCACUAUACAAUCGGCACUCGCCCCACAGUCAUGCAGGCCAUGACCCCCAUCACGCCGCUGGAGCGCAGCGAGAUGUUCCAGCGAGGAAAGCUACAGCCUCUCUUUACCCAGCGCACGUCGCGGGAGCGCCCGCUAUCAGAAGCCACGGAGAUAUUCGACACUGACGUCGACGACGAUGACUCCAGCGACUUUGAGGAGUUCUCGCCCAAGUUCAGCUUCAACUCGAACGAGAGCCGGCGAAGUCAGACAACAAUCUCAACGCUCGAUGAAGUGCACACGCCCGAGGACCCGGAGUCCAACCGCCGGACUGUGUUCGACUUCGACGUCGAGGUCAUGAAGCCAACUAUCUCUGGACCCAAAGGACCGCAUCUGUUCCGCGCAUCCCAAGUCUCAAGUGACUUCUCCUUCGACGUGACUCUGCAAUUGUCUCCUUUACUACCAAAGCAGCCGCCAUCGCGAGUGGGGACUGCGUUCCGCUCUCUGUCACCCUCCACUGUCGUUCCCCAGCAAGAGUACAACAGCCUCGCCAACGCGGUAGCCCACCUUGACACCGCCGAGGUUCGAUCAUGGACGUCUCGCGAGGUCGCCACCUGGAUGUACCAGAAUGGCUUCGAGUCGGACGUCAUCAGCAGGUUCGAGGCGCACGACAUCACUGGCGCCGUGCUCCUCGAUCUCCAGUUCGACGAUCUUAAAGAGCUGGAAAUCCAAUCAUUCGGCAAGCGACAUCAGCUCUGGAACCAGCUCGACUCUCUCAGGGCUGGCGAGGGGCUAAUUUCGCCCAUUGCCCCUGCUCCCACCCCUUUCCAAGACAUCAGCCGACCUUGCACUGGCGCUAGGGAGAGGUCAAAGAGUCGCAAGCGGUCGAAGAGCAGGAAUCCGGACCGUGACUGUUCAGGAGAUGAGGGUGUUACCCCUGGUGGUGCCAGGCGACGCAAGGGACGCAAGAACCGACUGAUGGACGAGAUCGUCACUCCCAUGGAGUCGGUGUCUAUUGUUGCCAUCGAACAGCUGCUACCCAAGCCCCACAAGUGCGCCAAAGGAGAGCGUUGUGCCAAAUGGAGAAAACAACAACGUCAGCUGGCACGGUUGCAGGAGGAACAUGGCUUCCCCAUCUCGCCGGAAAAGGGAGGCCACAUCUUCGUCGCUGGAGAUCCAGGAAACCCGCAGUCUGCUAACAAGGUCGUCGAGAACGUCUACCGUGACAAUGCCUACCGUCCCACAUCAGAUGCCAUUCCCUCAGUUGUCGCUUCAUCAGAUGUCCUCGGACCUGGUCAACUACCCGACUUCUCCUUGCUCCAGCACCUCGAGCAACGCGACCCACAGGACAACGUGAAGAACUUCCUGUCUCUGCAGCAUCUCGACGAGCCGUACGACACAUUGACACCAAUCGAAGCGCCGCCAACUCCACCAUUCGAGAUGUUCCCAUCCCGCUGUCAAUCAGUCCCAGCAUACCACGAACCCCAACAACCACAAUCCCACCCACAUCCACUCCGCCAGUCAUACUUCCCAGACACUGACUUCUCUGCUCCCCCACUACAUCCACCAGAGUUCACUCCGGCCCCUCACAACAACCUCAAGACCCUUCCCAAACUCAACAUCCCCCGCUCGAUGUCUGCAGCCCCGCAAGGCAAGCCCAGGAAUGUGGUACCUGUACCCGAUAGUGCCUUUUCUCCUUGCCGCACCGCAUCGCCGGGUGGCGUCUACCGAUUCGGUACUCCCUUCUCUGAGAUGGAUGUGCCCGUCACCGCCAUUCCAGUGGGCCCCGUUUCCCGUGACACCAGCCAGUCGGUACCACCCGACAUGCAGUACCGUGACCCGAUCCAGCGCACCACAUCCCGAGCCGACUGGCGCCGCCCUUCCUUCGCACUACCACCGGUCCACGAAGCCGAGCUUUUCGAACCCGCCGACCUCAGCGAAAACAUCAGCUCGUCCGGCGACUCGGACACCCUGCAUGAAGAGGGCUCCGACUCUGCAGCCUCGGAAUGCAAGACCGUCAAGGCUAAGGCCAAGGGCGGCUUCCAGUACGACGGCGUCAACCAUGCCGGCUGGAUGAAGAAGCGCCGUACUAAAAUGCUCCGCCAUGAGUGGCAGGACCACCACGUCCGCCUCACCGGCACCCAGCUCGCCAUGCACCCCAACGAGCUGCCCACGUCCAGCGCCCUGGAGCGUCUCGAUGUCGACGACUACGCCGUCGGCUGCUCCUCAAUCGCCUCCAACAAGCUCUCCGCUAAGCUCCGCGCCCUCCGCCUGGCUACCUCUCACCAGCAGAGCAAGCCAGACACCGCCUUCGAGUUCCAGCUCGUGCCCCAGGCGCUCCAGGACGGUAGGACCACGAAGCGCAUCGUGCCGCACGGCAAAACGCAUCACUUCGCCGUCAAGACGCGCGACGAGCGCAUCGACUGGAUGCGCGAGCUCAUGCUCGCGAAAGCCCUCAAGGCCAAGGGAGACGGGUACGAGGUCAACAUCAACGGUGCUGACAUGUAAACGCCCCUCAUCCCUCCCAAGUCAAAACCAAAAUUGCAUAGAGAAGAGGUCCUAUCAUCGACCUCGUUCAUUCAUUUGUGUUUCGGAUCUCGAGUGCAUCAUAUUAGCGUGUUUCAUUGUUUGCGGUUUCCUUGUCCAUAUACCCUUCUUAGCAUUGCGAAAUAUUUCUGUCGUUUCUUCGCUUCUACGUUUACGCUUCUUUCGAGGGUAUGUGAUCGGGAUCAGAUACUUUACGGCCUCUUUUAACGAGAAUGAAGAAUCGGGCGGGUUGGGGCUGUGUUUUGAAAGAAGAGUAAUGGAUUGGAUUGGAGAUUGUUCCAGCAUUAAGCGGUUUUGCAUAGCGAUGGUAACAAUUGGACGCUCAUUAGGGGGAAAGGGAAGGGAAGGGAUGAUGUUGGGAUGCAUGGAAUGGGACGAGGAACUGAG